UGCUAGCGCGGGACGUUGAGGAUAUGGGCGGGGAUGAUGAAUAAAUAAAUAAGAAACGGUAACGGCUGGAAUCAUGCGCGCGCUCAGAAUGGAGCACGCGGGGUGGGAGAUGAAAGGCGGCAAGGCGAUUUAAAAGAUGCGACCGUUAUUUUUCGUAUUUUUACGAAACGGUAAAAAGCAGCAGCGGUAGCGCCGUUUACAGGCGUUUUGCGAGAAAACUACGUUUUACCCGACGGGUUUGGACGGUUCAUCCAGGUUAGCACUCGCUUUAAAACUUUGCCGGGCUGCCGUUAAACCGAAGUUAAUGGAGACGGUCGGGCUGGUGUGCUAAGCCCACCGGCUGGCUUUUAAAGCAAAAAAAGCCGUCUCAACAAUGUGGUGCGGGUCUUGUCACCUGAACGACGCGCGGAUAUGUUUGAGGGGAGAGCCGGUGAGGGGAUAAUGAUUCACACUGAAGGCACGGACCGUCUCCUCCGGUUAUAGAAUGAACGAUAAACCCAACAAGCUGCUCCUCAUUCCGGUCCUGGUGCUUCUCUUCGUCAUGAUAGGCUAUCAGUAUAUCUGCCCGUCGGGCAGCCAGUCGUGCCACUUAGGGACCGGGGACAGGCUGAGGAGCGCCGCUCCGCUUCCCACGGGCUCCCCGGCGGCUCUGGACGACCUCCGCCGGGAGCCCGAGGUGGAGGAAGAGGAGGACGAGAGCCCGGCCAGGCUCGCCGCCUCCAGGUUCAACUUCACCGAGCGAGACCUGGCGCGCCACGUGGACUUCGACAUCCGAGGAGACGACGUGAUCGUGUUCCUGCACAUCCAGAAGACCGGCGGCACCACCUUCGGCCGCCACCUGGUCAGGAAUAUCCGCCUGGAGCGCCCGUGCGACUGCAAACCGGGGCAGAAGAAGUGCAGCUGCCACCGGCCGGGCAGAGACGAGUCGUGGCUCUUCUCCAGGUUCUCCACGGGCUGGAGCUGCGGGCUGCACGCCGACUGGACCGAGCUGACCAACUGCGUGCCCGUCCUCAUGGAGAAGAAGCAGCAGCAGCAGGCUUCCAAGCGCAAAAGGAACUUCUACUACAUCACCAUGCUGAGGGACCCUGUGUCACGCUACCUGAGCGAGUGGAAGCACGUUCAGCGUGGUGCCACCUGGAAGACGUCCCUGCACAUGUGUGAUGGCCGUUCGCCCACACAGGCUGAGCUGCCUGCCUGCUACAGCGGCGACGACUGGUCGGGUGUGACACUGCGUGAGUUCAUGGACUGCCCGUCCAACCUGGCCAGCAACCGGCAGGUGCGCAUGCUUGCUGACCUCAGCUUGGUGGGCUGCUACAACCUGUCGUCCAUGAACGAAAGUGACCGCAACCACAUUCUCUUGGCCAGCGCCAUGAGCAACCUGAAGAACAUGGCCUUCUACGGCCUGACCGAGUUCCAGCGCAAGACGCAGUACCUGUUCGAGCGCACCUUCCACCUGCGCUUCAUCUCGGCUUUCACGCAGCUCAACAGCACACGCGCCGCCAAUGUAGAGCUGCAUGAGGACGUGCGCCGCCGAAUAGAGCAUCUCAACUUCCUGGAUGUGCAGCUGUACGAGUUCGCCAAGGACCUGUUCCUGCAGCGUGUCCAGUUCGAGCGCCAGCGCGAGCGCCGGGAGGAGAGGCUGAAACGACGCGAGGAGCGCCAACGCCUUCGCGAGCAGAAGGUCCACCAGAGCGAACAGCAGGAGGAGGAGGAGGAGGAGGAGGACGAACUGCAGCCUGCUACCACUGAGGACUAUACCAGCCAGGUGGCCCGUUGGUGAUGCUUCUCACACAAACGCACACUACUGAGACCACUCAUAGAUGUGGAGAUCACAUUCUCACCUCUCUUUCAUCUCUCUCUUCUUUUCUUUUUGAGCUGCAGUAUGAGUCAGCACACUGGGAAGUGUUUCACAGGACUGUCAACUCUGAGAACCUGAAACACGGCCAAUAUUUGGAAUGCAGGUUUGGUAAUUAUAUGGGAAGAGAACUGGAUCCGCACCUAAAAGUCAUGGAGGAAAAGUCUAUGUAGCUUGCCACACUAGCUUGCUAAAACUUUAGCAAGAAAAGUAGCUUUGAGUACCAAGAAAAGGGCAAUAAUACCAAACUAUAUAUAGAGAAUAAAAAGUGCAACAUCGUCAGUUCUGUUAAAAGAACAGUUCACACAAAAAUGCUAACUUGGGUAGCAAUAUAAAAAGCGAUAGGAACCUGUUUUGUAAUUAGUCUAUGCUAGUUUUAGCAUAGGGGUCCAAGCACAGGUCAUAAGUAGAGUCCAGAUACUCUUAUACUCUUAUACCACCCCCCUCUUGAUCCAUAUCUCCCAGCUUUUUUAUCUUUAGAUAGAGAAAUAUUUUCAUUUGCCAUCACACAACACUGCAAUUAAGUUUGGUGUCAAAUCAGAAAAGCAGUGAUGGUUUUCAUCAUUGAUGUGGUGCCAAUAGCGACCCCUGAGUAAAUAUCAUGAACACUCUGUUACACUUUAUAAACGAGUCCAUGUAUGUUGUGCCACAGAUGUAUCCAAAGAUCGAUGUACACACACGCUCUGCUGAUAUACAUUUAACUGUUUUUGAGUUAUGAGUGAAUACUUUAUUUAUGAAAAAUCCACUCAGUGAUUUUCGUUGGGCUUCAUCUGAAUAUCAUUAGACUCAAGUUUGAUCAUUAUUGGACAGAAGUCGUAUGAGGAUAAGUAAAAAGCAACAUUUUUUGUUCAAAUUUUAUAUGCUGUGCUUCUGUAUUAUGUACUUUUAUACCACCAUGUUCAUUGCAAUGAGCAUGACCCAAAAAAAUCAUUGUCUUUGUCUUCUUAGACCAGCACAAAGAGACAAGAUUCCUGAAAGAUCUGACAAGCAGACACUGAGAAUCAGCUGCUUGUAAGCUAAUAGUGCCCCCUAUUGGGAAACAUGCCCCAAAACUGGUAAACUAACUAAGGUCAUGUAAUGUAUGUCUGUCUAGGCAUAUACAUUUUUGUAAAAAGUGUUCAUAAGAGAAUAGCAGAAAGAGAAACUACCUAUUCAUCAAGUUUUACGUCUAUACAACGUACGGAUUAGCCUCCACAGUUCCUUUUGUUGGAAGAAGAAAAAAUUAUGGACACAUGAUACGUUUGAGUUCCAUGUAUUAUUCGCUGAUAAAUGGGGAAAUUUAAUUGUAUUAUAAUCAAUUCAGUAUUGUAACCGAUGGUUGUGAUCUAAUGUCCUGUUUUUAGCAUCUGUAGGCUUAUAGAAUCAGUAGUGUUAGAUGUGGCCAUUUCCCUUAAGCAGAUAACCCAUUUCACUUAGUAGCAGAGAACAUCACUUCCUCAAAAACAGCAGACUGGGGUUCAAUUCCCCAUCUAGACAGGAAUGCCACCACUAUUAAAAAUAAGGGUGAUUUAGCAACAGUGCUAACAUUAAAUGUAUUUGCUAUUGAGAAUUGCUCUGGAUUUGAGUGUCUACCAAAUAUUGUAAAAUAUGUACAUAAAAUAAGGUAAAAUUUUUCCAUAAUUGUCAAGCCCGAUUUAGCUGUAUCAUGGCUAUGACAAGUAUUGAAACUCAAUACUUUUAUGAUACUGAUGGAGUGUGGCUUAAUUCCAUAUAAUUCCAUAAAAUAUUUCAUUACCUAAUGAAAUGUAGACUGCUAAUUGACUAUGUAAAUUACAUUCCAUAUGCGGUCCUUAAACAUACCCACUUCCAGCACCUCACACUCAUUUUUGGUUUAAGCCACACCCAUUUUUGGUUGACUUAAAAGAAAAUGUUGAAAAAUUUGAAUUACACACCCUGGUGAUUCCUACAUAACAUGAUUCAGAGAUCAGUCUUUAAAGUCUUAAUUUGUUUUAUGCUUACUGUUCCUCAUAAGUGGGGUUUAUAUGUCAAAAAAAAGUAUAAUUUUUGGUUACUGCUAUCAAUAUUGACUAAACGUAAUAGGGUGUUAAUUAGAGGCAUUACUUCUGCGCAAAAGUCCACAUUAUUGCACAUGGGUGCAUAAAUAAAUAAAAUUAAUAAAAAAUUAUACCAUGGCAGCAUUAAGUGCUUGGACCCCUAAUUAGUAGCGUUGGCACUUUUGUGUGAACUGUUACAUUAAACCCUAAUACAAAGCCAUCCAACCUCUUCUGGUGACUGUAUGUUGCUUGAUGUGCAGGUCUUAUUGGAAAUGUAUGGCUUCCACAUUUUGGGAAAUUCAUGUUAAAUUAGCCUGAAAGGGUCAUUGGAAUAGAUACAGUAAUACUGAUGUUUCUGAAAGGUGUGUUUUUUUUUGUUUUUUUUUUUUGUUUUUUUUUUGUGAUCCUAUGUUCCUCAGCCUCAGUCUAAAUGCAGGCUGAUACUCACAUGGGAAAUUACUGGUCAUGUAUGUACUGUAAAGUUGAAACUAUACUGUAUGAAGGCAAUCCGAAAAAAAAAAACACGCUCUUGCUAGCAUGCAAUCUUCCACAUUUUCAGUUCCGCUGUUGAACUUUCUUCAUAUACCUACUUUUAGUUUUUGACCAUUUUUGGAAGCGCAGGUUUCCUUUCUUUGGUGAUUUGGAUUUAAAAGUUUGUGGUACACUUUUUAUGUAGUAAACCUUUUCCACUUCUACCAAAAAUAGAAGUCAAUCAGAGGCCACCCUUCGUUUAUUAGAUUUCCAGGCCAUUAAAUGCAAGUUAUCAUUUUUUUCAGGAUCAGGAAAAAGUAGAAAAUAUGAAUUCAUCAGAAAAUUACAGAAAUCUCAACAACCAAAUUUCAUAUGUUUUCAGGAUUUAGUCUGUCCACUGUUUGGCUUUAUUACAGCUUCCAUUCUUUUCAGGAGACUCACUUUCAGCUUUUCAAAGAAAUCUGCGGGGAUAUUGUUAAACCAAUCUCCAAAGUUCAGUCUUAGAAGUUGCUUGUAUUUUCGGACUUUCAUGAUUCAAUAAUCCCAAUAACAAGUUUAGACAGUCCAUAAAAACUUAUUACACAUCUCAGAUGUCCAGUUUCAGUAUUUUAGUGAAAAUUUGACUUGUCUCCUUUUAUCUGUGAUGUUCUUCUUGAACAUCUUUCAGACCCACAGCGCUGAGUGGUCUUCUCACAGUGGAAGGAUGGACAGAAACACCUGUGGAUGUUUUCAGAUCUGAAGCAGCUUGAUUUUCUCCUCUCUCUGAGAUGAAAGCU